AUGCGCUCUACGGCUGUAGGCAUAUGAGUCAAAUGGACAGUAGGGUUAUCCUUACCAUGAAAUACAACUGUUUUCAAUAUUAUUAACAAUUAUGAUUAGUAGACCUCUUCUGAUUCGCAAAUGUCUAGUCGUAAGCGUUGUAUUCAUAGUCACUUGUGUUACACUUCAUUUCAAAGGACAAUCACAACUAAACAAUUCACUGCAAGAAAUUCAAUCACAUAAUAAUGAUAAUCAUUUUAAAGCUCGCAAACUAUCUGAACACCAAAAUAGCGAUUCAUUAAACAAUCAUAAAUAUGAGGAAAACAGUGAAACAAUCAAAGACCAGCACUCGAAGAAGGAAACAUCAAAACAUAUUCCUCAUCAUCAGAUGACAACGAAGAAACCUCUAAUCAACUUAAUUAAGUCAAACCUCACCACUUGUACUAACCCAGCAAUCAAUGAAUUCCCAACAGAUGUGUUCAGUCAAAAGUCCCGAUCCCGCGGAGCCAUCGUUAUUCAUGUGGCGGUCGUCCUCUAUAUGUUCUACUGUUUGGCAAUUGUUUGUGAUCUCUAUUUCCUACCAUCACUUGAGGAGUGCUGUCAACGCCUUAACUUAUCUGAAGACGUGGCGGGUGCUACAUUUAUGGCGGCCGGUUCCAGUGCUCCUGAACUAUUUACUGCUAUAUUAGGAGUAUUCAUCGCAAAAGGCGAUGUGGGCACCGGUACUAUUGUGGGCUCUGCCGUAUUCAACAUUUUGUUCGUAAUAGGACUUUGCUCAUUAUAUACCGCGUCUACUGAACUAAACUGGUGGCCAGUGGCCAGAGACUCGUCUUACUAUACAUUCACAGUCCUCGUCCUUAUACUGUUUAUAUAUGACGGCGAAGUGACAACAUUUGAAUCAUUUGUUUUACUACUUCUUUAUGGGGUUUACAUCUUAAUAAUGAACUUCAAUAUUACAAUCCGAGACUUUGUUCACCAGCAAUGGGUUCAGUCGGGUCUCUCCCAUACUGGCGAUGAAUUCGAGAAUUUGAAAGCAAAUUCUGGUGCCGUUCAGUACCACUCCUUUAAAGUUGGAGGAAAUGAAACCGGAUUUGGUCAACGAAUGGAUGGAUAUAAUAGACCACAAACCAGUUUAUAUGAAGCGGCAAACAUUGUCAUCAUUAGACACAAGAGACUGUUCAGACCCAUCACUAGAUUCCGAUCAGCAGCUAAUUUGAUAAUCAUUCAGAGAGAAAAGGCCAAAUAUCAAAGACAACUCCAAUUACAACCACAACAACAAGAAGAACUCAAUUUUGCCAAAUCUUUUGAUUCCGUACGAAAGCCAUCCCUAGUUCCGGACCAACAUUUCUGGAGGAGGGUUCCCAACCCAAACGUUGAAGGGUGGUAUGAGUGCUGCAAAUGGGGGGCCCGAGCGCCCCUCCAUGCCAUCUUAUUCUAUACUAUUCCUGACUGUAAAUCCAAACAACACCUAUUUUUGGUCACAUUCUUCAUGAGUAUAACGUGGACCGCAAUCUUCUCAUAUGUCAUGGUUUGGAUGGUCAGUUUAAUUGGAUUCACACUCGGAAUACCCGACAGUAUAAUGGGAAUCACUUUUCUUGCGGCCGGAACUUCGGUUCCCGACGCCUAUGCCAGCUUACAUGUGGCCAAAGCGGGUCAUGCAGAUAUGGCGGUAAGCAAUUCUAUUGGGAGCAAUGUUUUUGACAUUCUGGUUGGUCUGGCCCUACCCUGGUUUGUGGAAACAGCUAUUGUUAACCCUGGUUAUGUGAACCCUCCCAUGUGUGGCGAAUAAUCAAUUACAGAAUAUUCUGGUUUAAAUUGAGUGCAGAUAUUACGACAAUAUUCUGCUCACUGUUUGAGUUCUGUUUUGUGUAGACUCUGAAAGCAAUCGUGAAUUUGUGGCCAAUUAUACUGUAUUUAUGAGGUUAUUGUAAUCAAUUAUAUCCAUAAUAUGCGACAAUCAGUUAUACAGACGACAUUGAAAUCAAUUCAUUUGUCGUUUAUAUUUAAUGCAUAGCCUGUUAUACACUAUUCAUAAAAAAUGGUUUGUAUUUAAUUAACAAUAUAUUGUUUGGUAUUACAGUAUUGUUAUGUUUUGUUCACAUCUUAUAUAAAUGAGAG